AUGAUGGCGAUCCACACCUAUCUGCGUACUGCAUUGCUCCUGGGGGCAGCAGUCGUGGGCCUUGCCAGCGCUGACGCCUGCAAUCCUCUGAACGGUCCCUGUCCUGCCAUUCCAGGCCUCGCUACGAGCACCUACUCGAUUGAUUUUACCCAGCAGACCACGACUCCGUCGGACUGGAUCCUCGCAGACGCGGCCACGGUCAAUUACGGUGCUCCCAAUGGUGCCAACUUCACCUUUGCAAAACGCUAUGAUGCACCGUACAUUUGGAGUCGUUUCUAUGUUCUAUUCGGUCGUAUUGAAGUGGUUCUCAAGGCGGCCCCUGGCGCUGGCAUCAUUACAGGCGCCGUAAUGAUGUCGGACGACCUUGACGAGAUAGACUGGGAAUGGUCGGGCAACAACUUUGCUGGGUCAAAUGGAAAGGUGCAGACCAAUUUUUUCGGUAAAGGUAUCACGGGAUAUUACGACAGAGGCUCGACGCCAGCGGUGAAUAAUCCUCAGGAUCAAUUCCAUACGUACGCUUUAGACUGGAGCCCUGACGCUCUAACCUGGUCGAUUGACGGACAGAAUGUUCGCACCCUGAAGAACUCGCAUGCCACGUCUGGUGAGUACCAGUUCCCCCAGACGCCAUCACGCCUACAUUUGGGUGUCUGGUGUGCAGGUGAUCCGGGCAACAACGGCGCAACUGUUGCGUGGGGAGGAGGCCCGACAAAUUUCAGUCAGGCGCCGUUCUCUGCCUACGUCAAGUCGGUCAAGAUCACGACGUCGAGUCCUUGCUCGACAUGGCAAUACCCAAAUCCUUUUGACGGCACUUACAAAAGUGUGGUGUGCACAAAUCAGACUAUUACCAACACUCUUCCCUGCACUUAUGCUGUUGCCCAAGGGGACGACGGUUACAAGAUUGCAACAACACUAGGGGUGACACUUGCUGCCCUCAAGGCUGCAAAUCCUAAUGUCAAUUGGGAUACCUUACUGGUGGGACAGUCCCUCAAUGUGCCGGGUGGAAACUGUACGACUUCUUCAAGCGGAUCGGCGGUUCCGUCGGCAACCAGCGCCUCCUCAGACAUGGCCGCUGCCACGUCUUCAGCUAAUUCGGCAGCGGUUCCAACAAACUCAAAUUCAGCCACCCUAACGUCGGAUGCAACGAGCAGUCCAAGCUCGAUCUCUUCCAGCGAAUCUGCGUCCGCAAGCAUCAUGAUGUCGGGCUCGGCUCUAACAGCUGUUGCAUCGUCUACUAUGGCUGGCUCGAGCUUGAGCAGCUCCUCCCAGUCGGCCCCCGCUACUGUCUACACCGUAGUUGCUGGCGAUACCGGCUAUGGCAUUCCCAAGAAGCUUGGCUGUAGCUUUGACGAGAUCUUUGGAGUGAAUCCCGGCCUCGACUGGGAUAAUCUGCUGGUAGGACAGACCUUGAAUCUUCCCAGUGGAUGCACGCGUUCUUUAACUUCAAGCACGCUACUCCCAAGCUCAGGUGCCCCUACUAACCCAGCCCAACCAAGUCCAAGUUCUCAGUCUGCCUCUCUUACAACAGAGACCACAACUCCUCCUUCAGACACACCAACGUCGGAUAAUUUAGCUGCUGCCAGUGGUACCUUACCGUCGGCUCCCGCUGCUGCUUCUAGCUCAGCACCCAGCAUCACCUCGGGUUCAACAAUCACAUCAACCUGUACCGUUGUGGCUAGCCAAUCGAGUGUUGACUCUGCUGCAACUUCGACCCAGGAGGACUCAUCGCUAUCGUCGAACUCCGAUGCCGCAGCUGCCAGUAGCCAACCACCUACCACCAAGAACGCAUCGUCGCAAUCGUCCAACUCGGAUACCGCAGCUGCCAGCAGCCAAGCGCCUGCGACCGGUUCUGUGCCAUCUACGAGCGUAAGUAUGACCAGCUCCAACACACCCUUGAGCCCGUCCAGCCCUGUCCCUACCGCAGCGGUACCAUCAGUCGCGACGUCGAGCGGGCAAGCCUCCGUCGUCUCGAUUCCUGUAUCUCACACUUCCGCCUCCACCACUGACAAGGUCAAUCCCGUCACCCCGGCAUCCGCAGCCAAGCUGAGUGAGCAGUGCUUGCAGUUGCUUGGACACAACAAGACGCAUACUCUGUGCCGGAGAUGCGGUCGCCGAAGCCUUCACAUCCAGAAGCACACUUGCGCCAACUGCGGAUACCCUGCCGCUAAGACCCGGAAAUACGAAUGGAGCGAGAAGGCCAAGAGACGCAAGACCACCGGAACUGGCCGCAUGCGAUCGUUGUCGACUGUUAACCGAAAAUUCAAGAACGGAUUCCAGACCGGCACUCCUAAGGGAGCCCGCGGCCCGCUCAAGGCAUAA